AUGAGAUAUAUUGUCGUAAUAGCUGCUGUCAUUGUGACUGCCUGGGCUAGGCCUCGGUUUCUUUCCGAUCAAUAUGGUGUUCCCAGUUUAGCACCUGCUCCAACAGGUGCUUUUGCUCCUGCUCCAGCUCCUUCUGCUCCAACUUCUGUAUCUACAGCAGCAUUUGCUCCAGCUCCUGCACCAGCAUUUGCUCCUGCCCCAAUAGUUGGCUCUCCAUCAAACUUUGCUCCUGCUCCAGUAGAAGGUCCAGUUUCAUCAUUUGCUCCUGCUCCUACUUCUGUGUCUACAGCAGCAUUUGCUCCUGCUCCAAUAACCGGCUCUUCAGGAAACUUUGCACCUGCUCCAGUUGCAGGUUUUGCACCAGCUCCUUCUCCAACUUCCGGAUCUACAGCAGCAUUUGCUCCUGCCCCUGCACCCGCAUUUGGUCCUGCUCCUGGAGCAUCUUUUGCACCAGCUCCUCCUCCAGCUUCUGUAUCUACAGCAGCAUUUGCUCCUGCCCCUGCACCCGCAUUUGGUCCUGCUCCUGGAGCAGCUUUUGCACCAGCUCCAUCUCCAGCUUCUGUGUCUACAGCAGCGUUUGCUCCUGCCCCUGCACCUGCAUUUGGUCCUGCUCCUGGGGCAGCUUUUGCACCACCUCCUUCAUCAUCAUAUGGGCUUCCAUCAUUUUAG